CUAUAUUAUAACAUUCGCUUUCAGAGAAUAAAAGUAACAACAAACAUAACUAUAUAGACAAAGUAUAAGCACAAGCAAACUGGUUAAUAUUAUUAAAAUGGAUUUAUUAAAACAGUCCAUAAUUCAAGCAAUCGACGAGGCAUCAGAAGAACUGGAAGAAUUGAGUAAAGAUAUAUGGCGAAAUCCGGAACUUUGCUUUAUGGAAUAUUAUGCGCACGAAAUACUAACCAAUUUUCUUGAAUGUAAGGGUUUCAACGUUACCAAGAAAUUCAUUUCAGAGACUGGAUUUAAAGCUGAGGUAGGCACAGCCAAAACGGGACCCAAUAUUGCUGUAAUUUGUGAGUACGAUGCGUUACCGGAAAUCGGACAUGCAUGCGGACAUAAUUUGAUUGCCGAAGCUGGUGUUGCUGCUGGUCUUGGAAUAAAAGCAGCAUUGGGGAAAAUGGAAAAACCAUUUGGCAGGAUAACUGUUUUAGGUACCCCUGCAGAGGAAGGAGGGGGAGGAAAAAUUGACAUGAUCAAUGCUGGUGUGUUUGAUAAUAUUGAUAUAGCUAUGAUGGUACAUCCUUCUCCAGAAACUAGCUCUCGUGGUUCCUCAACAGCGAUUGAUAGGGUUACUAUUAAAUACAUUGGGAAUUCUGCGCACGCCGCAGUCUGCCCAUGGAAUGGAGUUAACGCCCUUGAUGCGGCGGUACUAUGCUACCAGACGGUAUCCUGCCUAAGGCAACAGAGGAAACCUACAUGGAGAGUUCAUGGUAUAAUAAAAAAUGGUGGAAUUAAGUCAAAUAUCAUACCAGAAUUAACUGAACUUGAAUAUUCCUACAGAGCACCAAACAAACAAGAACUAGAUCAACUAAAAGACAAAAUGAGGGGCUGUUUUGACUCAGCAGCAAUAGGCACUGGGUGUCAGGUGUCAUACGAUUUUUCUAGCAAGCCUUAUUUGAAUAUGGUAAUAAAUAAUCAAAUGGCAAACGCCUUCAGGAGUAAUGCAGAAUCUCUUGGUGUAAAAUUUGACGCCAAUGAAAGCGGAGGCGGAGCUUCAACGGACAUGGGAAAUGUUUCACAAAUUGUUCCAAGUAUUCAUCCAGUGUACAACAUUGACACGAUUUAUGGCAAUCAUACCAAAGAUUUUACCACUGCGGCAGGAGAUCCAAAAGCUCAGUUGCAUACUCUGAAUCAAGCUAAAGCUAUGGCACUUACCUGUCUUGAUAUUUUAACAGAUGACAAUCUUUUGAAAGAAAUAAGGGAUGAAUUUGCAGUAUUCAAACAAAAUUCACAAUGAAAUCAGCUAUUACAAAAACAUUCCUUUUGUAACGACUACAACUUUAUUUGAUCACUAAGACGCAAUACAUACGUGUAACAAGAGGAACAAAAUAUUAAUAUACAAAAACAAAACAAAACAAUGGUGAAUAUAACAAGGGAAAAAAACAUAAAAAAUACAUUUAUAAACAAUAAAUUUACAAAUUAUUCUUCAGUUUCUAAUAAACAGUGAUAGAUUUUU